AUGACAUCGAAAUUUUAUAAGCGUUUUCUUCGAUUGGCUUCACGUUGGCCACAACAUCCCGAAACUUUGCAACCAGCCAAUCGAGAUGCAUCGGUAUUCCUGAGGAAUGAAAUAGAACGGAUAUUUCGAAAGGAACAGAAUAUAUUCCAGAAUGAACUUUGCGAGAAACGGUUUGAAAGUUUGGAACAGCUUGUUUCAAAUAGCCAUUUGCGCAAUUUUCCCUGCAAUUACAAAGCAGGUGCUCUGGCUUUAUCGCUUAAACAGUUAAGGAAAAUGAAUUCACCAGAAGGACGUUUCAUGUUAGGCCUGGAAUUAAAACCACCUGGAACAAACCUAACCAAUGGAGGGAUCUUUUCCAGGCUUUUUAAUAAAAUAAAAUUAGCGGUAUAUCGCAAAGAACUUUUAAAGAGAUCGCAGGCCGAAUUCUCAGAUAUCGAGUCAGAUAUUUCAACAUUACCGAAAUCUAAGAAAGAUUUGUUACUCAACCAUUUACUAAUUUCAUUCAUUUGGAAUGAUGUUGACGAAAUAGAGAUAUUGCAGAUAAUCACUAUGACAUCAAAUACGGAAGUUUUGAAAUGGCAGCAUUUUUUUGUUGCUGCUGGUAUACCAAAUAUGGUUGCAUUGAAGUAUUCAAAAUCUUUCGUUGCGCAGCGAAUGCAAUUCACAAUGUUAGAUGUUCUGGAUAAAUCGGUGCUUAUUGAGCUCGGUAUUGUAACGGUUGGUGAUCAGAUUGCCAUUCUGCAACAUAUCCGGAAGUUGAAGUCAUCUCGGGAUGAAAGAAUGGACUACAGUCCAUCAGCAAUGGAAUCGAACAGUGUAGCCGCCGUAAAAGAAAAGAAACCGACAUCAGCAGCACCAGACCGUGAUGACAUUUAUCAUGUACAUCUACCAAGCGGUACGACACCGAAGACGCGAGCAAUUCUUCAAAAACAUAGUAUUCUAAAAUCUGCAGGUUUGUUGAAACGUGGUUCCACUGGAAUACGACAAUCAGGAAAGGAUAUUCUUCUAUUAGCAAAGCAGAAUACAGCGGAUAGUAAAUACAGUACUACCAAUAUGACAACAUCGUCAGAGGUGUCUUCUACGACGGAUGAAUUUUAUGAUCGUUUGGGUAUUAAAGGUCUUGUGUCCGAUCAUUUGGGUGCACGGAAACAUCCUGUUGGGAAUACUAGAGCGAAUACUUCAUCAUCAAUAAACUUAUUUGAACGUGCCAUCAACGAAAGUGCAUCGAAUCGUGUUGCGGAGCCAAUAUUCAGAGUUAGAAUUAGCGAAAUGGAGGGAUGGAAGCCUCGCGACAGAAUAAAUGGUCCAAUUCGAUCAAAAUUCACUAGCGCAAUAAGAAAACGAAGGAUUCAAAGCACUGCAUCCGUAAAGAAUACUGCACGCUCGAUUGCUAUUUCGAGACAGAUUGUUGGUCGGAUGAGACCAUCCGUCUUUCACCGCUUGGGUUGA